AUGUCUAUAGAAAAUAAUGAGCAUGAUCCUAGACAUUACGUUUUUCUUUCAGCUUUAUCUUGGGAUUCUAUACUUAAAAUGACUAGAGUUAAGAUCAAACUUCUUACAGAUAUGGCUAUACAUGAUUUUAUCAAAAAAACCAAAUGUGGUGGAAUAGCUAUAGCCUGUCAAAAAUAUUUCAAAGCAAAUAAUUCUAAAAUGG